CCCCCCCCCCCCCACCCCCUUUCUCUCACACCAUACUAUCCCUAUCUCUCUCUCUCUAAAGGCAGGCUUUAUCGGUGAGAAAUAUAUAUAUUAUAUAAAAAUCCAUGGAAAUGGAAGACCAGUAUGGAAUGGCGGAUUUCAGGCAGUUCACAGACGGGAGGCCAGCAAAUUUUCCGGCAAUCCAAUCAACCGGGGAGCUCUUCUCAGGCCAUCGAAAUCUGACACAAGCACAACAGUAUGAGAUGGUGAUGAUGGGUCCGGGUCGUCAGGUGGGUCGUGAAAUGGUCGUCCCUCCGGUGGUGCUUCGUGAUCAGUUUCGGUCGGAGUCAACUACUACCACCACUACAUCUACUAAUAGUACUUUGAAUGGGUUAGAGAAUAUGGAGGGUGGUGGUCUGGGAGGAGAUGGUGGGACUGGAAGGUGGCCUAGACAAGAGACACUCACACUUCUUGAGAUCAGAUCCAACCUUGAUUCCAAGUUCAAAGAGGCUAAUCAGAAGGGUCCCUUGUGGGAUGAAGUUUCUAGGAUAAUGUAUGAAGAACAUGGGUAUCAAAGGAGUGGGAAGAAAUGCAGAGAGAAGUUUGAGAACCUGUACAAAUACUACAAGAAAACCAAGGAUGGAAAGGCUGGGAGACAAGAUGGAAAGCAUUAUAGAUUCUUCCGGCAGCUUGAAGCUCUCUACGGUGAAACUAGCAAUCCAUCCUCAGUCUCAGACACCCAUCUCGUCGGUAACAGUAGUUUUCGAUUUCAUAAUGCAAGUACCACCACCACAAUCUCUAAUCAAGAAGCAUUUCAAGCUCCAAAGCUCACUGAAAGCCUUAGCCUCUCUAGCUCCUCCGAAUUCAAUUCCUCUUACUCCGAUGACAAUGAUGCUAACAAUGCUGCCGCGUUAAAGGACAUUGAUUUGACGGAAAAGAGGAAGAUGAGAAGAGGUAAAAGGAGCUGGAAGGCGAAGAUUAGCGACUUCAUUGACGCGCAGAUGAGGAAGCUAAUGGAGAAACAAGAGGAUUGGUUGGAGAAAAUGAUGAAGAGUAUCGAAAGAAAGGAAGAGGAGAGGUUAAUGAGAGAGGAAGAAUGGAGGAAAAAAGAGGCAGUUAGGAUUGACAGAGAGCACAAGUUCUGGGCUAAUGAGAGAGCCUGGAUUGAAGCUCGCGACGCGGCUUUAAUGGAGGCCUUGCAGAAGUUAACAGGGAAAGACCUAUUGGAGGCCGAGCUUCGGAGCCUUAAAGAUAACCAGAAUAUUAAUGAGAAUGGAAGUGAAACAAUCACUAACAUUGUGAAUGCUGAUCAUAGCUGGCCAGAAUGUGAGAUUACAAAACUAAUGCAAUUGAGAGAUCUGAUGGAAUCAAGGUUUCAACAAAGUGGGUGUAUAGAAGAGAUCCUUUGGGAGGAAAUAGCAGCAAAGAUGGCUUAUUUGGGGUAUGAUAGGAGUGCUUUGAUGUGCAAAGACAAGUGGGAUAGCAUCAACAGUUAUCUAAGGAAAACCACCAAAGAGUGCAACAAGAAACGCAAAGAGAAUUCCAGAAACUGUUGUUACUUUCCUAACCAUGAACUUAUAUACAAUCAAGGAGGAGCCUACUGUGAAAUCAAUGAACAAGAAGGGCCACAGACGACGCGAUUUGCAACCAAUGAAAGUGCUUCGCCGCCUAACUCGAAUACUGGCAAUGCCAUGCAUGAUAGCUGCUUUAGGCUCUUGAUGGGUGAUGGUGGGAAUUUAUGGGAGAAUUAUGGUUUGAAGCACAGCAAGGGAAAGAACCAUUAAGUACUUGAUUAAAGAACCACAUGACAUGCAAUUUGUUGAGGGAUUAAUGGGAAGACAAAGUUGUUGACUUUCUUGGGAGGUAAGAUUUCUGACAGUGCUCAAGAUAUGAGAUUGAAGUAAUGUGUUUAUGCAAGUAGCUAACUGGGGUUCAUGUAUAGGAAUUGAUGUUUUAUGAUUCCUAGAUGAUGGACACAACAUAAAUGGGUGUUUAUUGUUGAGUUUAAUAGGAAAUGGUAGUUGUACUACUGCUCUUAAAUAUUGUUGAUUUGCAUCCUUUCUUUUGUAUGCUUCUUCUUUUUGUGUAAAAUCAACCUUUGUGCAUGCAAUUAAUUGGUGUAAUUAAUUGUGGUACUUCUUACAUUUCUAGCUUGCUUCUGUAUUUUUUUUUUCAAUUUUUUUUUUGAGUUGUCUUAUUUGAUUUGAAAGCCUAAUGGUUGGAGUAGCACCAAUUGAAGAGAAAAUUGGUUAAGAUAGUUCGAAAAUGUACAAAGAAGACGUUUAAGUGCGUCGGUUAGGAAAAAUGAGAUAGUCCAC